UUUCGGAAUUUCUAAUAGAAGAAAAAGAAAUAGUGAUUCUAUGUUAAACAAAAAAGAAAAUAGAAAUAGGACUGUUUAUUAAAAUUAAAUACUUACAAUCUAUAAUAUACACACAACUUUUGUAAAAAUUGGCAUUACCUACUGUAUUGUGAAAAUUAUUGUAAGCUAUUCUACAUUUACAUUAAUAACUUAUACCUACCUUAAUAAAAAACGCAGAAAAUAUCUUCUAGUAGUAGAAUGUGCGCUACGAACCGUGAGACUCGAAUAAUAAUGGUUAGGCGAAAAGAUUUAAAGAGAUAAUUGCUGUCUCAUUUCUUUCCGUAAGACUGAUAUUUUUAAAUUUUAAAAAAUAUAUACAUAAAACUAUAUAUAAAUAAACGGUGUGCACACAUAACCAAAGAGAAUUUUACAGUACAAUCAACAUUUAUUUAUAUUAUUAUAUGUAAUAAUUUUUUUGAUUUGUGUUAAUGUAGUUUCAAAAAUAACUAUCGUAAAGAUUUAGUCAUUGUUACAAUAAAUUAAUCAUAAAUUCUUCGUUUGUGUAAUGUAUGAAAGUUUUAAAUUUUGUAAACAUAAGCUCACUACAAUGUUGUGGGUAAAGUGUUAAAAUAGAAACUUAAAACAAGCUACAAAUUAAGCGAAACUUGUCAAAAUGCCUUUUUGGAAAUGUUUUCCAUGUAGGCGUUUUAAAAAUGAAGAAGUCGUAACUGUUCUCGAUCAUAGUAAUUGUACAUUGACUGAUGUACCGCCUGAUGUAUUACAACAUGAAAGAACACUGGAGGAACUUUAUUUGUCUUCAAACAGGAUAACUGCUCUUUCACCACAAUUAUUUUAUUGCCAAGGAAUGCGCAUUUUAUUUGUCAACGAUAAUGAACUAGAUUCAUUACCUAGUGCCAUAGGAUCAUUACGACACUUGCAUAGUCUCAAUUUAGCGAGGAAUAGCCUUUCUACCAUUCCAGAGAAUAUAACUUCAUGUAAAAAUCUAACUCGACUUGAUUUAAGUUUAAAUAAUUUACAAAAACUACCCGAUGCCAUUACUGGGUUGAUUGCACUGCAAGAACUUUUGCUUAAUGAAACAAAUCUUGAAUUUUUGCCAGCAAAUUUUGGUCGCCUGAUAAAUUUGAGGAUACUUGAGUUGCGAUCAAACAAUUUAAUCACACUGCCAAAGACUAUGUCACGAUUGAGUAAUUUGAAUCGCAUUGAUAUCGGAGCUAAUGAAUUUACAGAAUUGCCAGAAGUGAUAUGUCAACUUACACAACUUCGUGAGCUAUGGAUUGAUGUGAAUCGCAUUCGCCGCAUUUCCCCAAAUGUUUCUAAUUUACGUGAAUUGAAACAUUUUGAAGCCAACAAUAAUUUAUUAUCGACAUUGCCUAAUGAAAUAAGUCAUUGGCGAAAUCUAGAAGUGCUCUCCAUAUCAAUAAAUGACAUAGAAUCAUUGCCAUUUAGUAUUGGAAUGUUAAAAAGUCUUGUAACUCUCCAAUGUGAAGCAAAUCAAUUGCGAGAACUACCUGAUAGUAUUUGUCAUUUGGAAAACCUUGAAGAAUUGGUUAUAAAUCAUAAUCUGAUCUUGCGACUACCAAGAACUAUUGGCAUGUUGAGAAAAUUACGUUUUUUUUGUGCCGAUCAAAAUAUUUUGCGCAGUUUACCAAUCGAGAUAUGUAGUUGCAACAAUUUGGUGGUGCUGAGUGUGAGAAUGAAUAAGAUUGUAGAACUUCCACAAAAUAUCGGACACUUGGAGAACUUACAGGUUCUAAAUCUGGUUGACAACUAUAUAGAUCAUCUGCCCGUGUCGGUUUUGAGUUUGACUAAAUUAACAGCACUUUGGAUAAGUGAUAAUCAAUCACAGCCUUUAGUUCCAUUGCAAUAUUUGAAUUCCAAUACCAAAAGUCAUCUUACGUGCUUUAUGUUGCCGCAGCGGGCUGCAGUAACGGGGCCACAAAAUGUUACCCAUUCUAUUGAAUGCAGUGAUGACGACUCUACUAAUUCUUUGCUACAUCAUGAUCAAAUGUCAUUUAAUAGAAGAGCGACGGUAAAUUCGCAGAUGCAAAAAAUGUACUUUUCCGAUCAACAAGAAACUACACCACGUGACACCCGUCCAAUGGCUCGGAUAUGUUUUGCUGAUGAUAGAACUCAAUUUCCAGCUGAAGGUGAUACAGAUACUAGCCCCUUGAGAAGAAUAUAUUUUGCCGACGAAGUAAAAGGUUCGGAAAAUUUGGCAACACGCUUGAUGCGCUCUCCCACACCAUAUCCCAAGGAAUUAAGACUGAUGGCGAAGCUCGUAAGGAAUAAUUAUCAAACACAACAGCUACAUCAGCAAAAUAAACAACCGCACUAUUUGGAUACUAUGCUUGUACCAAAACCAUCAUCCCAUGACCAAAUUAAUGACAAGACACAUCUCUCUGAAAGCUUACCACCAACAAAAACAGUUUCGGGUACUGGUGGUGGAGUGAAAGAAGCUCGAAUUUUAUUAAAUCCCAGUGGGAGCUCUGUGUUCCUGCAGCAAAUACCAAAUUCUAUUAGCUAUCAUCUUAUAGACCGCAAUCGAAGUCUUGAUUCCGAAAUUGAUAAUUUAUCAAAUGAUGUGCAAUCAUUACAAAAAUCAUUAAUUGAUGUAACUGGGUUGGAAAGCAUUAGUGGAGGGGUAGGUGGAGAACGAAUGACACCAAUAGCAUUUAAUAACCAAGUCCAACUACAACAGCAGCAUUACCAACACUUUCAUCCACAAUCACAACAAAUAUAUCUUGAACAACAACAACAGCAAGCUUAUCCAGACCACUCACCAUUGUUGUACGAUGAACAUCAACAAUCCCGCGAAACUCUCAUGAAUGAUAUACCUGCAGCAGCGGUGCCACAAAUGAGCUUGUCUCCGUCAAAAACUUCCUCGUACAGUCAACAAAGUUCACAGCAUUCGCAAAAUAAUUUGUAUGAUAUACAAGGAAGUAAACCACCACCUUAUCACAUUGCUAGGGCGCAUACGAAAAAAUCAAGAGAGGAUCUAUUGAAUUAUGAUACGUUUCAUAGUAAAAUUCAGCAUCAUAGCAAUGGCGUUGACGAAAGGAAUAAUCUUAACAUGGAAAUAAAUGAAGAACACAACGAACAGAGUCGAUGUCAAACUGAAGACGGCAUUAAUGGUGGAGCGAAUUACAACAUAUUGAAUGAUAAUCAAACGAAUUAUUCUACAAAUCAAAAUUGUUACACCAAUGAUAAUGAUUUCGACAUAGUAGACCAUCACAAUAAUAAUAAUAGUUUGAGUCGCACCUAUUCACUUGAUUGCCAUGAUGGGCCAAAACGAAAUAGCUCAUUAUCGCUACAGCAACCUGUUGGUCAUAACGGCUACUCUGAAGAAGUGGAAAAUGUACAUCGAACGUCGCACUCAACAAUGAAUCAACAACUAAAUUGGAACGAUACAGGUGCUGGCGGCGGCAAUGGCAGUUAUGAUGAAACAGAUAGUGAUCAGGCUCCAAGUAUAUCUAAUAAUAUUGGCUCGGAGUUAAGACCACCAUUAAGAUCAGCUUCCACAACAACAUGGCUAUUUGGACUUCAUAAAAACCCAACUGUUAAACAAGUUGCUAUCAAAAGGGACCAUGAAAUUGGAUUUGAAAUAGUUGAGAAAUCAAACCAGGGAAUAUUUGUACGUGGUACUCAGCCGAAUACAUCUGCAGCUCAACUUUUGCACGCAAACGAUAAACUCUUAGAAGUGAAUGGUUAUGAUUUUACAAAAAUUUGUCUUAAUGAUGCCCAACAUAUUCUGGAAAACUCAGGGCCUUUGAUUAAUGUCAUGAUUUCUCGUACGUAGUCAUAAUAAUACCACUAAGAAUUUACAAAAAAAACACAAUUUUAUUUUAUUUGGUCCUUUUUUAAGAAGAACUUUAAUUUAUUAAUAUUUAAAAAAAAAUUAAGAAAAAAAAAACAAUUGUACAUAAAAUAUAUACAAAAAUAUUGUAUUUUAUUUAGUUAGAAAAAAUUUAAUAUUUAGGCCAAUGCCAAUUGAUAAGGAUGUACACAAGUAUUAUUUGCCGAAUAAAGAGAAAGAUAUAGAAGGUGUUAUUUUUAAGUUAUGUAAUUACCCAUGUUGCAAGAGCAUUUAAUAAUUAAAAACCGAACUGA